AUGUGGUCUCCUCAACUACUUUUGCUUCUGUUAGCGCCAGCCAUCUUGGCACAGCGAAAAAACAAAGAUACAGACGACGAGUACAACAAGUUGAUUCCAUUGAAGGACAUUCUAAUCGGGUGCAGUUCUGCUGUUAAUGGUAAGGUUUGAAAUUUGGUAUAUUGUUUUAGACAUCAGUUUUGCUAGAAAAUUUGUAGAAAAAGGUUUAUAAUGACGAGUCUGUGCACUUUAGAACCUUAUAUAGUUUAUGAAUUAAAUAAAUCUUGUCUUAGGUUGUGUUUUAGUUAUUAAAAUAAAUAAUUUUAUUUUAGGUUACGCGAUUGUCGAUGGAGGACUUGAGAAGUGUGAUGAGUUCUUGAAGCAAACUGGUGGUGGUACUGAGGAGGACAACAAGUACGAACACUUCAAGUGCAAGCAUCUUCGAGGUUAGUUUUGCCGAAUUAAUUAAUUCUUUAUCUGUGUGUCGAAUUGUUACCUAAAAUCUGAAAACAAAUUAUUUUACAUUUCAAUUGCUUUAUGAAUUUCAAGUUAUAAUAUCUAAAUUAACAUUGUUUCAGUUCACGGAGAAGUGAAGGACGGAAAAUGCAAAUGCAAAGAGAACUACCAAGGCCCCACCUGUAAUGAGUAUCGUGGAUGUCCUGAGGGCAAAACCCUGUUCAACCGCGUCUGCGCGGAUCAAUGUCGCCACAACGGUCAAAUCGCCUUCACUCAGAAGAACGUUGAAUGUAUUUGCGAAGCGCCGUGGGACGGCCGAUUCUGCGACAGGUUGGCGUGCUGGAGAAUGGCACCAAAAGAGCACGAGCGUCGAUGGAAGAACGCUGGCAACGAGUGCAAGUGUGCCAAAGGACUAAGCGGACCAAACUGCGAUAUCGUGGAGAGCUGCGAGAACGGCGAAUUCAGCGGAGGACGAUGUGUUUGUGCUGAAGGCUUCAAGGGCGAAACUUGCGCGUUGAAGUGUACUCCUGGAGUAUCGUGAGUUUCUGCGAUGAAAUGGCAUAUUUUUGAAAAAAAAUUAAUGGGAAUGGUUGAUAAAAGAAUAUAAUUUGGAGUAAAAAAUAUAAAUAUAGCUAAUAUUACCUUUCAUAAAACUAAAUAUUGCUAUUUCUAGAUGUUCCGCCACUCGACCCGCGUUGUUCGGAGCUUUGGCCGUGCUGAUGGCGAUGAUCUUCCUCCGGUAG